AUGAAUUCAAAUCCGUUUUCAAAAAACCUUCAGAGUGUUACAGAUCCCUCAGAUUGGGAAUCUACAAAAUUGCCAAAUUUAAAAGAACUUGAUUCACUACAACGUUGUUAUAUAUGCAAAGAAUUUCUUAAGGCACCCGUCAUAACGAGUUGCAAUCAUACAUUUUGUUCUCAUUGCAUCAGGGAAUAUUUAAUUGUUAAUAGUCAUUGUCCAUUAUGUAAAGCAGAACAGUUUGAAAGUAAUCUCAAACGAGUUAUAUUAUUAGAAGAGAUAGUUCUAUGUUAUUCCAAAUUUAGGCCUAUUUUACUAGAAUUGCUAAAAAAAGAAGAAUCUGAACAUGCUUAUGACAAGAGCACAAGUCCAUCCUCCGAUACCCCAAGUAAUCUUGAAGAAUCUCGUAAAAGAGCAUCAUCUGAUCAGGAAGUUAUAGAAAUAUCAUCAGAUGAUAAUAAUACCCCCGAGUUAUCUGAAAUAUCAAGUGAAAUUACAAAGAAGAAAAUUAAAACUGAGGCUAGUACGAAUUCACGGAAUGCUAUUCCAACCAGAAACGAAAUGGUAGAAUGUCCUAUUUGUUCUGAAGUAAUGUCUGCAGAUUUACUACAAACGCAACAUAUUGAUUAUUGUUUAAGUGGAAAGAGUCAGCCAUCUAGUUCUAGGUUUACAGGCACAUCAGCUCUGAAAUAUCAAACAAUGAAGAAAAGGCUGUCCAACAAGGCAAAUAAUGGUAUCUCUUCAUUUUUCAAACCAGCGGACAAUAAUAAACCCAUAACGGCGGCGGUUGGUAAAUUUGACCUAUCUAAAUCAGAUAACCAAAACUUCUAUUUUGAUGAAGUUUCUAAGCACCAUCACAAUGAUGUAAAGAAACUACCUAAGCUAGAUUUUGGCUCUUUAACUACUCCUAAAUUAAAAGAAAAAUUAUCGCAUUUGAAGCUUCCAGUGCAGGGAACUAGAAACCAGCUUGAAUUGAGAUAUAAUCAUUAUUAUAUCCUAUUCAACUCAAAUUUGGAUAGUAAUCAUCCUUUAUCGGAAAAGGUGUUGAGGCAAAAGCUUAAUCAAUGGGAACUUUCUCAUCUGGCUUUCACAAAUCAAGGAUCGACUUCCACCUUGUUUAAUAAUGGAAGUCCAUCUGUUAAAUCUAUUACUGAUAAAAACUUCUCUGUGAAAGAGUGGUUAGAUGCUAAUAAAAAUGAAUUUAAGAGUUUAGUCAAAGCAGCCAGAGCAUCAAUCAAAAAUACCAAUGCCAAAAAUACGCCAUCGUCCGUAUCCGAUGAUAGCGGAUUAACCAAAUCGCCAAAUAGUCAUCCAACAGAUGAUCCACUUGCAAACGAAGGAUCUGACUACCAGUCGAAAGAGAAUUUAGUAGAGCGCAUCGAUGAUGGUAAUUCUAAAGAAACCCAACCCGACGAAAUUGGCAACCUUAAUUUUAAAGAAGAUAUUGCUAAUAGCCCACUUUUUGUGAAGGAUUUUCCUGAAGGAUCUCAUAGUUGA